GAAAAACAAUACCAUACUAUAUAAUUCGUAAUUUUUAUUUUUAUUAUUGAUAUUAAAUAUUAACAAAUAUAAAAUGAAUAAUACAGACACCGCGUACUGUAGACUGUGUGCCGAAAUGAAACCGAACAAUAAAAUGACAAAUCUCCAAUUGGACGAACAAAAGAGAGUGGAAAUCGUCGGCAAAUUAACCAGAUUGAACGCAAACAUGGAUCUCAGUGACGAUUUAUUACCAAAAACAGCUUGUUUUGUGUGUAUUCACGCGUUAGAUAAGGCAUACGAGUUUGUUUCAAGCGUGGAACAGGCUCAAAUUAUCUUGAAUGGCAUUGUUUUGAAUCAAAUAAAGAAAGAAGAUUCUUUGUCAGAUUCUGAAUCUUAUCCCUAUGAGUUUCAAGAUGACGUGAAAUACGACGAGAAUAACGUCAAAUUGGAAGCGGAUAAAGGUAAUUCUGAGUUAAAUGCAGGCAGCUCUAAAAACUCAAGGCUGGGUACUGUUUGUUUGGUAAAUAAAACUAAGAAAAAAAGACCUAGAGAAAGUAUUAAGAAUAGUCUAGAUGCUAUACCGCUGGCGCAGUUGAAGCUUACCUGGAGGGACUACAGCUGGACCUGUGCAUACUGUGAGACUCAAUUUCAGUCCGUAGACGAGUUAAAAAUCCAUUCCAUUCAAUACCACAACUGCUGUAAUGCAUUCAAAUGUACGGAUUGUAAUAUACGGAAAUUAAAGUUGGACAGUUUUGUCAUACAUGUGAAACGACAUAGGAAGUUCCUUAAAUUAUCUUGCUAUAACUGUUAUAUGAGAUUUUCUACACCACAUGAAGUAAACGUACAUAAGAGUUGUCAUAUUACAUCGGAAUAUUCUUGUAAUGGAUGUAACAGCAUGUUUGAGAGCUUAGAUGAGAUGAAUCAACACACAACUUCGUAUUACAGGGAUAAACGGAUCCGAGAAAUACCAAUGAUGAAUGAUUUGAGUGAUAAUUUGACUUGUGUACUCUGUAAGAAGUCUUUCAAACACAAAGGUAGCUUAAACACACAUCUGUUGAUACAUACGGAAAGAAAACGAGACCAUACAUGUGAGAAAUGCGGUAAAUGCUUCUUAAAUAAACAGAAUCUUACUGGUCAUAUGCUAUUACAUAAUGAUAAUAGGCCGUUUAAGUGCGAGAUAUGUAAAGCAACCUUUAAGACUUCAGGACAGUUACGUAACCAUGUUGGUGUUCACGAUGCACAGAAACCGUAUGCUUGUGAUCAGUGUGGUCGAUGUUUCCGUUUACAGAAACAGUUGUCAUCCCACAGAAUCAUACAUACGGAUUUAUUACCUUACACUUGUACAUAUUGCAACAAAGGUUUUCGUUUUAAAACCAUUUUGAACCAACAUGUUCGUCUCCAUACUGGAGUAAAACCUUAUUCUUGCGAAGUCUGUCAACGGGACUUUACGAAUUGGCCGAAUUACAAUAAACAUAUGAAAAGAAGACAUGGUACAGACAUGUCAAAGAAGAAACACACUCCUGAUGGUGUGUACCCAAUAAAUCCAUCUACUGGGGAGGUUAUAAUAUACCCAGAAACAAAUAGUACGUUAGAAUGGAAAAAGAAAAUGAUGAUGCAGAGGAGGCCUGGUCGACCGAAAUUAAACCUAAAGAGUGAGGCAACAGACACUGUUUUAUCACAGCCUGAAAACUUGAGUAUGAAUGUCACUGUGAAUGACACAGUGUAAUAAUGAAAUAUAAAUUAUUGUUAAUUAUAUUAAAGAUUAUAUUAUUAUACAAGACAAUAUAAAAUGCAGGAACAUGAUUCUAUGUUAUAAAUACCCUAACAUACCUAACUGUAUAUUUGCCACAAAAUAUUUCAGAAUCUUUUUGUUAUCUGUGGUUUUUGUUAUCCAUGGUUCCAAAUUCAAAUGUGUGAACCAUAAAGAAAUUAUUGUCUUACAUUUUUGUUAAGAGAAUCUAUAAUUUAUAUAAAACACAAUUUCAUAUCUUGCAGGCAAGAUUUAUGAAAGAUUGUUUAAAUUUGUUACUAUGAAAGGAAAUUGUAUUCAAAUACAUUAAAACAGCCGUUUCUUACGCUGCAUAUUUUGCUGUACAUUAUUUAUUUGUUCUUUACUUGUCAUCGUAAAAGUAAAAUAUCGCCUGUCAGAAAGAUUUAAGUACUAAUAUUUUUCUAACUAUAUAGCUACGGGAAUUUAAUAAAUUUGUUAUGAUUUCGUGUUUCGUAAUAAUUGUUUC